AAAUAGAACGAGGAAGAAUAAUUAUAAAAAGUCUUCAAAAAGUUUCGCUUUAUUUUUUUUCGUGGCCAUCUUUUAACAUUUAUCUUAAUGCUUAGAACGUUCUAUAAUUCAUUUCACUUGGUUUACGAUUAUAAUGCUUGGGAUUAAGUGAAACGGGGAAGACCGUGGUCAUGAGUAAUGUGAGUGCUUAGCGCUUAGACAAGGAAAUAGUCUUCCCUUGUUUAAGGCUUAGUCAUGGGUUAGUGGAACAACUGUUAGGCAUUUAUUCUUGAUAUUCUCUACAAUUUUUCUUUAUUUUUUUUCCUGUUAUUUGUUAAUAUUUGUUUCAAUGUUCAGAAUUUGUUUCAAUGCUUAUAAACAAACCAUUUUACUUGCUUAAUGAUUACAACGCUCGGAAUGGUAAAUACCGUGGUCGUGAAUCUCGUGUUUAGUGGAACGCACUGUUAGUCGUUUAUUAAAUAAAAUAGAGUUUAUCAAAUGAAUUGCGUCUUUCCUUGUAUUCGGAAUUCCUUCUUUGGAUUUUGAUAAUUGUGAUAGAGAUAACAAUAUGUUGAUUUGUCAUUUAGGUCUAUUUAUAAAUAAGCAGUAUAAAUAUUAAUCAUUUGAUGAUAAUAAAUUUGUAUAAAAAUGAUUUAUUGUUUGUUUAGUAACAUAUAUGCGGUUAUCAUUAUAGGAAGAUUCAAUUUAUUUAGACUUUAAUUUAUCGAAUUUAAAUUGUAACUAAAUUUAUCCAUAGUUCUCGAAAUGUUGGAGACAAUAUUUAUUCUAGUUUGUGUUUUACACUUGAGCGCGUCUAUCGAUUAUUAUCGACCAGAACAAAUUCAUAUUGCGUAUGGUCAGAAUGUACAAGAAAUUGUAAUAACUUGGUCUACAUUCAAUAAAACCCAAGCCUCAGUUGUUGAAUAUGGUAUAGGUGGUUUAAUCCUUACUGCUAAUGGAACUUCGACGCUUUUUAUAGAUGGGGGCUCUGAGAAGCAUUCUCAAUAUAUUCAUAAGGUUGUUUUAAACGAUUUAACACCAAAUAGUAUUUAUCAAUAUCAUUGUGGAAGUAAUUUGGGGUGGUCAAAUUUAUUUUACUUCAAAACUGCCCCAGAUUCUUCUGAUUGGCAACCACAUUUAGCAAUAUAUGGAGACCUAGGUAAUGAAAAUGCUCAAUCUCUGGUACGUUUACAAGAAGAGACUCAAAGAGGUUUAUAUGAUGCCAUUUUACAUGUUGGAGAUUUUGCAUACGACAUGGAUUCACAAAAUGCUCAAAUUGGCGACGAGUUCAUGAGACAAAUUGAGUCGAUUGCAGCAUAUGUACCAUACAUGACUUGUCCUGGAAACCACGAAGAGGCCUAUAAUUUUAGUAACUAUCGAGCUAGAUUUUCAAUGCCAGGUGGAUCAGAAUCCUACAUGUACAGCAUUGAUAUUGGCCCAAUGCACAUUAUUUCUAUAUCUACUGAAGUUUACUAUUUCUUGGAAUAUGGAAUCAAACCUCUUGUGUUUCAAUAUCAGUGGUUAGAAGAUGAUUUAGCAAAAGCAAAUUUACCAGAAAACAGAGAAAAACAACCAUGGAUUAUAGUAAUGGGACACAGACCAAUGUAUUGCUCAAAUACUGAUCAUGACGAUUGUACACAUCAUGAGACUAUAACAAGAGUGGGAUUACCAUUUCUGCACUUUUUUGGUCUUGAAGAUUUACUUUACAACUAUGGAGUAGAUUUGGCUAUUUGGGCUCACGAACAUUCAUAUGAAAGACUUUGGCCUGUAUAUAAUUACACUGUAUAUAAUGGGAGCUAUGAACAACCUUAUGUUAAUCCAGGGGCCCCCGUUCAGUUCACUACUGGUUCUGCUGGUUGUAAGGAAGGACGAGAUCAUUUCAUACAACAACUACCAGAAUGGUCGGCUUUCAGAAGUAGCGAUUACGGUUACACACGUUUAAAGGUUUACAAUUCAACGCAUAUGUACUUGGAACAGGUUUCUGAUGACAAAAGCGGUCAGAUUAUAGAUUGGUUUUGGAUUGUUAAAGACAAACAUGGGCUCUAUCCUCAUUCUAAAAUAGAUUGGGCCAAAAUUGAUAAGAUGAGAUUGAAAUAUCUGCAUUCUCAAUGAAUGAAUGAAUUUAUUAUUAAAUAGCAACAUACUAUGCGGGAAUUGAUAUAAAUUUUUGUUGAUAAUUCGGUUUAAUUAUUUAUUUUUGUAUAGAAAAAUAUUUUUAUUCAAAGGUGACCAUAUUUAUAAUGUUGUAUGGUUAAUACAAUUUAUUUUUAUUUCAUUUUGAAAGGAAGUUUAUAAUAAGAAAUUUCAUUUAAAUACUUCUUUGGUAAGGGUUCAUUAACACUCAUUAUGAUUAAACAAGGUGGUCCAUAAUGAGUAUAUAAAUUUCUAGAGCUGAUAAUAAGUUGAAAAAUUAUUGUACUUUAUUUUUUUUUUGUUUGUGUAAAACUGAAAAAAAUAAGGUAGACAUUAUUAGAGUUCUCAGCAGCGACUACAAAGCGAUUAUUUGCUAUUAAAGUAGAUAUCAGCAAACAAUGGUGACUAUUAUUUUCACCAAAACAGAUACUAUUAUGGAUAAGGGAGCUAGUAAAAUACCAGAAAAAGAAAAA